AUGAGUGGUGCUCCUGCCCAGAAAUUCAAGGUCGCCGACAUCUCGUUGGCGGCCUUUGGUCGUCGUGAGAUCGAUCUCGCAGAGAUUGAGAUGCCAGGUCUGAUGGCAAUCAGAAAGAAGUAUGCCGCCGACCAACCUCUUGCUGGUGCCCGAAUUGCUGGCUGCCUCCACAUGACCAUCCAAACCGCCGUCCUCAUCGAAACCCUCAAAGCUCUUGGUGCUGAGGUCACCUGGUCCUCCUGCAACAUCUUCUCCACCCAAGAUCAUGCUGCCGCAGCUAUUGCAGCUGGAGGCACUCCUGUCUUCGCGUGGAAGGGCGAGACUGAAGAAGAAUAUGAAUGGUGCCUGGAGCAACAACUCAAGGCCUUCCCUUCUGGAAAGACACUAAAUCUCAUCCUCGACGAUGGAGGUGAUCUGACCGCCCUUGUCCACAACAAAUACCCCGAGAUGUUGAAAGACUGCUACGGUGUGUCAGAAGAGACCACAACUGGAGUUCACCACCUCUACCGCAUGCUGAAGGGCAAGAAACUCUUGGUCCCUGCCAUCAAUGUCAACGACAGCGUCACGAAAUCAAAGUUCGACAACCUUUACGGGUGCAGAGAAUCCCUCGUUGACGGCAUCAAACGUGCCACAGAUGUCAUGAUCGCCGGCAAGAUUGCCGUUGUGGCUGGCUACGGUGAUGUUGGCAAAGGUUGCGCUCAGGCUCUCCACAGCAUGGGUGCCCGUGUUCUCGUCACCGAGGUGGAUCCCAUCAACGCUCUCCAGGCUGCUGUCUCUGGUUACCAGGUUGUCACCAUGGACGAGGUUGCUUCGCAGGGUCAGAUCUUUGUUACCACCACCGGCUGCCGUGACAUCAUCGUCGGAAAGCAUUUCGAGGCGAUGCGCAACGAUGCCAUUGUCUGCAACAUUGGUCACUUCGACAUUGAAAUCGAUGUCGCCUGGCUGAAGAAGAACGCCAAGUCUGUCCAAAACAUCAAGCCUCAAGUCGAUCGCUACACGAUGGCUAGUGGGCGUAACAUCAUCCUGCUCGCCGAGGGCCGUCUCGUCAACCUGGGCUGUGCCACCGGUCACUCUUCCUUUGUCAUGUCCUGCUCCUUCUCCAACCAAGUUCUGGCUCAGAUCAUGCUGUACAAGGCUGAAGACGAGGCCUUUGGCAAGAAAUACGUCGAGUUCGGAAAGACCGGCAAGAAAGAGGUUGGCGUCUACGUUCUUCCCAAGAUCUUGGACGAGCAAGUCGCACUACUCCACUUGGACCAUGUCAACGCCAAGUUGACCAAGUUGACUUCUGUCCAGGCAGAAUACUUGGGAUUGCCCGUUGAAGGUCCCUUCAAGUCUGAUAUCUACCGCUAUUAG